UUAUGUCUUUUGAACCGCUGGACCUUUUUUGGUUGCGGGGGUGGGCUAAAUACUCUCCUACCCCCCCGGCUCAAACACCUUCUUAAAAUACCAAUUUUGAAGUCGAAUCCGGUCGACUUAAACAAGCUUCGCGCGUUAAGCUGAGGAGGCCGAGCUUUUUCAGCCGAGGGGCGCUUUUUUUUUUUUCCUUCCCCCCUCCAAAGGCAGAGAAGACUUCGCAAUAGUGGCGAAGGCUGCCGAGGGCGCGGCAGCAAGAGCAACCAGCAGGGCCGGCCUUGCGGUUGGCUUAGUAACCCAAGAGCCACUCGGCUUGCCAGGGCCCCAGCGCGGGGCGGGCCAGGCGGGCGAGAGAAGAGCUGCCGGCGAGCCUGUGUCAGCAGCUUCCCCGCUGCCAGGGAGGCGCGAGUGGCUGCGCCGGUCCCAGCCCUCCAGAAGCGGCGGUAGAGACGGGCGGCCCCGCGUUCGCAGCCAGCCAGGCGGACAGCUCAAGAGCGUCCGGUCCCGGCUGCGGGGCGGGAGAAAGGGUCGCGUCGGACCCUGCCCCGCCUGCUUGUGCUUAAGGAGCCCGGCUCGCAAGGAGGGAGGCAGGGAGGAGGGAGCGAGGCUGGGCGGGGGAGCGGUUCCUGCCUCGGCUCCGUCCAAGCCGGGCGAGGGGAGGGCAGAAGAGUCGGGGGCGUCGGAGCAGGCGGACUAGCAGCCGCGAGGAGAUGUUGCCGCCGUCCCUGCCGCCGCCCCGGCCCCUCCGCUCCCGCCACUCGUGCGCGUCUUCCAGCGAGCCUCGCCGUGGACUCGCGGGGAGCCUUCCCACUACGACGCGCGUUCCCGGCACCGGAUCGUCUCCCGGAGCCUCUCGCGGCUGAUAAAAUGCAUGUGUCAUUAGCUGAAGCCCUGGAAGUUCGGGGUGGACCACUACAGGAAGAAGAAAUAUGGGCUGUGCUGAAUCAAAGUGCUGAAAGUCUUCAAGAGUUACUCCGAAAAGCUGAUCCAACUGCUCUGGGCUUUCUCAUAUCUCCGUGGUCUCUUCUGCUGCUUCCAUCUGGCAGCGUAUCUUUUACAGAUAAAAAUGUUUCUAAUCAAGAUCUGCAAGCAUUCACAGAACCAGAAGUUCUCAAAAAUCAGUCACUCUUAUCUGUUUCUGAUGUUGAAAAGAUCCACAUUUAUUCUCUUGGAAUGACCCUUUAUUGGGGAGCUGACUACGAUGUUCCAGAAAGCCAGCCAAUCAAACUUGGAGAUCAUCUGAACAGCAUUCUCCUUGGUAUGUGUGAAGAUACUGCUUAUGCUCGUGUAUCUGUACGGACCGUUCUUGAUGCCUGUAGUGCUCACAUACGGAACAGCAACUGUGCACCUUCUUUCUCAUAUGUGAAACAGUUAGUCAAACUGGUUCUGGGGAGUUUUCCUGCGGUAGACCAGCUUCCUUGCACAGGGGACAAAAAACUUCACACAGACAAGAGCCAGGCCAUUCGAGAGAGGCUGAGAGGAAAACGGCUUCCCACAGGAAGAAUGACUGAUGCAGCAGCUGGUUACCAGGCUCCAUUUUCUCAACAAACCAUGCUUAACAAAGGGCUUAGUAAGUCGUUGGAGUUCCUGUCAAUCAGUGACUCACGAGGUGAAAAGGAGCUUGCUCAAAAUAUUGUCUCUGAUUACAAUUCUGGCCAUGAAGACAGUGCAGAUACUUGCUGUCCUUACCGAUUCAGAGCUUCCAACCUGGAAAAGAAAGCCAACAGUAAUCCCAAACGCAAAGUAUGGGCUUCUUCCUCUGAUCUGUUGUGCACAACUCACAAAGUCACAGAGGGAGACUAUGUCGCAGAUUCUCAUAAGCACCAUCAUCAAGGCGGAACCAUUUCAGGGCGGACUUCAGGAGCUCUCAGAAACAAAGAAAGCAGAUAUUCUGAUGGGAGCAUAGCUCUGGAUAUAUUUGGCCCUCAAAAACUUGACCAAGUGCUUCAUGUAUCAGAGACCUCAACAUCAGCAGCCUUAUUAUGUGCCUUUGACAGGAUCAAAGAGAAGCAGAAGAAAUUGCAGUUGCUGAGAGAAGCCAUGAAUGUAGAAGAGCGCGUACGAAAAUAUAAAUCUUACCAUAGUGAUGUAUGCAGCACUGACAGUGAGGGCCCAUCAUUCAUUUCUUCCGAGACAGAUUUUAGACAAGUGCCAGUGAGGAGGUAUGAAGCUCUAAAAGAUGAAUCCAGUGUUUCCUCCUUAAGAAUAGAUGAUACCUCUUCAUCAGGUCAAAAACAAGGACAAAGAUCAAGAGAAUGGUUUCCUAGUUCAAGGAUCUUUGGAACCUAUAUGGGGGGAAAAAGAGAAAAAGAAUCCACAUUUGAACAGAAUGAACUUUGUUGUAUAAAAUCUCCACUUAAAGGAAAUAUUGCAGAGAACUUUACACCUGAAAUAGGUGCUGCUAGAGCAGAAAUAAUUAAGGAUACAUCCAAAUCCUUAACACUAAGGCACAGCAUGUUCUUUGAGAUACAAGGAUACCAAAAGAAUUUAAAGAACCAAACUUUAAUGGAUACAGUUUAUGGCAGCUUCAGCACCAUCUCACAAAGUCAUUUUACCAGUUUAACCCAACAAAUAGGAACACUUUCUUUGAAUUAUAUGUCUAUGUGCUUUGUAUUAUAUGUCACUAAACUGUAUCCAUAA